CUAAUGGCCGACAUUGAUGCCAUGUUUCACCAAGUUUAUGUCUCUGAAAAACAUGUCAACUUUCUCCGUUUCCUGUGGUGGCAUCAUGGUGACACUUCAAAACCUGCACAGGAGUUCAGGAUGUUGGUUCAUUUAUUUGGAGCAGUGUCUUCACCCAGCUGUGCAAAUUAUGCUCUGCAAAGAACUGCUGAUGAUAACACACAACAGUUUCCAGCUGAAGUGGUUGAUACAAUCAAAAAUAACUUUUAUGUGGAUGACUGUUUAAAAUCUGUUCCCACAGAAGAAGAUGCAGUGCAGAUGGUGAAGAGGCUGACAGAGCUCUGCUCUAAAGGAGGAUUCAUGCUUUCAAAAUGGGUCAGCAACAGUCGCACAGUGCUCAUGUCAAUCCCAGAGGAAAGGAGAGCAAAAGAAAUUAAGAAUCUGGAUUUGGACAAAGAUCAACUUCCAGUUGAGAGAGUACUGGGUUUACAGUGGAGCAUUGAAACAGAUGAGUUCAAGUUCAGAACGUCUGUACAGGACCGCCCACACACCAGAAGGGGCAUUUUGUCUGUGGUCAGCUCACUGUAUGAUCCUUUGGGAAUCCUGGCUCCCUUCAGUAUGCCAGCUAAACUGUUGCUACAAGAACUUUGUCGACAAAAUUUGAAGUGGGAUGAAGUUAUUCCCCACUCCAUUUCUAGGAAGUGGCUUGAUUGGCUGAAGGAUCUCCAGCUGAUAUCCAGUUUUAAAGUGGACCGUUGCAUCAAACCAAGCUGCAUCAGAAAACCAGAUAAAGCACAACUUCAUCAUUUCUCUGAUGCAAGUCAAGAUGGCUAUGGAACAGUGUCAUAUUUAAAACUGGAAAAGAAUAACAUCUCACAUGUUACUUUCAUUUUAGGAAAAGCAAGAGUUGCUCCUAUGAAGCAAACGACAAUCCCCAGGUUGGAAUUGGCAGCUGCUGUUCUGGCUGUCCGAGUGAAUAAAUUGCUGCAAAAAGAGCUGCAAAUACAGUUGGAAAAACCUGUUUUCUGGACUGAUAGUACAACUGUACUAAAGUACAUCUCCAGUGAAACCAGAAGAUUUCACACCUUUGUUGCAAACAGGAUCUCUGUCAUCCGAGAGGCAACAGAUGUGAAUCAGUGGAGAUAUGUUUCCUCCAAGGAGAAUCCUGCAGAUGAUGCAUCCAGAGGCAUGAAAGCUGAGGAGUUCCUCAAAUGCAGGAGAUGGAUAAAUGGGCCUGAAUUUCUCCACAGAUCAGAAGAGGAAUGGCCUAAACUGGAGGUGGAUCACCAUGUAAUUCCUGCAGAUGACCCAGAGGUCAAAAGGGACCUAACAACGUAACAGAGGAAAGUUUAUUGAACAAAAGAUGGCAGAUCUGCCAGAAGAAAGGGUUCUGCCAGCCACCGCUCCUUUCACAAAUGUUGGAGUGGAUUAUUUUGGUCCUAUAAGUGUUAAAAGAGGACGAAGUCUCCUGAAAAGGUAUGGAGUUCUGUUCACUUGUUUCACCAGCCGUGCAGUACAUCUGGAAAUUGCAUACACCCUCGAUACAGAUUCCUGUAUAAAUGCAGUUCGCAGGUUCAUCUGUAGAAGAGGCCCAGC